AUGGAAUCCUCGGUCUCCGACGCCAUCAUGUCGCCCGAAGAGGAGCUGGACGGGUGCGAGCCGGAGCCUCUAGGGAAGCGGCCGUCCGUCCUGCCUUUGCUGGAAUUGGUCGGCGAGGCCAGUAACAGCCCGGGCAAGGACGGCUCACUCCCCUCGACGCCGCCCCCAGCAGAGGAGGAGGAGGACGAGUUGUACCGGCAGUCCCUGGAGAUUAUCUCUCGAUACCUCCGGGAGCAGGCAACCGGCACCAAGGACGCGAAGCCACUGGGCGGGUCUGGGGCCGCCAGCCGGAAAGCGUUAGAGACCCUGCGACGGGUCGGGGACGGUGUGCAACGGAACCACGAGACGGCCUUCCAAGGCAUGCUUCGGAAACUGGACAUCAAAAACGAAGACGAUGUCAAAUCUUUGUCUCGAGUGAUGGUCCAUGUUUUCAGUGACGGAGUAACAAACUGGGGCAGGAUUGUGACUCUCAUUUCUUUUGGUGCCUUUGUGGCCAAACACUUGAAGAGUAUAAACCAAGAAAGCUGCAUCGAACCAUUAGCAGAAAGCAUCACAGAUGUUCUCGUAAGGACAAAACGAGACUGGCUAGUCAAACAAAGAGGCUGGGAUGGGUUUGUGGACUUCUUCCAUGUAGAGGACCUAGAAGGCGGCAUCAGAAAUGUGCUGCUGGCUUUUGCAGGUGUUGCCGGAGUAGGAGCUGGUUUGGCGUAUCUAAUAAGAUAGCCUUUUAAGUGCAAUAAUUGACUCUUAACCAACUCCAGCCACCAAAACCACAUACGCCUGCUGUGAAAUCAGAUGUAUUUAUGAAGUUGGACUUCAAGCUGUGCAGGCCAUAACCUCCAGGAGUUCUACUCCAGCAACGGAGAAAAGCAAGCGGCAGGAGGCUUAUGGCUAACAGGAAUAAAUACAUGGGAAAAGUAGUCCCUCUUGAAGAGUCACUGUCUGAAAGAAGCAGAAUUCUGUUUCAGCAACAGGCAAACUUUGGGAGGCCACGGAGGAGGACUUUUAGAUUUAGUGAAGACGGUAGGGUGGAGAGACUUUAAUUACCUUGCCUAGAACAGGAAAGUGGCCAGUAACCAGGCUAGUCAUAGAGUUCAUUAAAUAUGCCCACUGAAUCCAUUAACUUCUAUAGUGUUAAAAUAGAAGCACUAACAAUGCCAGCGUCAUGUGUAAAAUGGAUUUUAAGCUACAAGUAAUAGAACCUAUGACUAGAAGCCUCAACACUGUACAACAGAGUGUGAAGGGAAGCUUUAUCCUCUAUAAUUAGCUUUCCUAGAUGUGCUUCUUGAAUAGAAAGUCCAAUGCUCAGGAUGUUUAUACCUGUUCUACUUUGGCUUGGUUUGAGUGAUUCCUAGUUUAUUAGCCUAGUGUCAUGGCCAAGAAUACUUGACUUAAGGCUCAAUUACAAAUCUGGAAUAUUCUGUUUUUAAGACAAAAACUUGUAAUCGUCUGUAAAAAUUGUAUAUAUUUUUACAGAACAUCUGUUUGAAAUGUAAAGGGAGAAAAGUCUGAAAUUACAUUAGUUUUUUCACACCCUUUUGAAAUUUACAACUUCUGUAGUUAGGAACCUGUUUCUUAUAGCUUUUUCUAUUCUAAAUUUUGUGCUAGUCAGUUCUAGAUUGUAUACAGAACCAACUGAUGUAAUUGUAUGCAACCUGGUUGUAGUACAACAAUUCUGAUUCAUAACUAUGCAGGCUUUAAUUUUCCUAUCUGAUUUUGGUAAGUAUUUGUUAAAUACCUGUUUGGGGGUUUUUUUGUUUUUUUUUUUAACCUGGGGCUGAGAAAUUGAGGAAUGGAAAUUAAUCCUUUCACUUUGUUACAUGUGGGUUUUCAAUAAUUGAGUCAAGGUUUUAAGGAUUUAUUGGGGGGGCGGGGCACACAGGCUGAUGACUUGGAAAUAAUGGGCUCUGAUUGGGCAACUACUCAUUUGAGUUCCUUCCAUUUGUCUUAAUUUAACUGGUGAAAUUUUAACUGAGUUCAUGAGCUCAUCUUCAAAGCUUUUGCUGAAAGAUUUUCAGCUGUUCCAAAUGGGACUUAUUAGGAGUAUGUAUAAAAAGAGCACAUUGGGUGGAUGAGAGACAUUUGAUCCCUUGUUAAUAAAUUGUACAAUGAUGGCUUGGAAAAACAGGCUAUAGUCUAACCAUGGUGCUAUUACUAGGCUUGCUUGUUAAACACAGGUCUAAGCCUAGUGAGUUAAUAAAACAAAUACUUAUUUCAUUUCUA